UAAAAGAAAGAAGCGGGACUGAAAGGAGGGACAGCGAAAACAAAAAGGGAAUAAAAUGGCGGGAAAGGAGGAAGGAAUACGAAGUUCGUCGGCGACGGCGAUGGUGGAGGAGGAGGAGGAGGUGUGCUGGAGAAAGCAAGUGGACGAUAACUUGAAGAGGCUUCAGUCGCUCCUCUUCGGAGCCGAACUCGCUCUUGAAAACCGCGAUUUCUCAUCAGCUCAACUCCUCGGGCUAAGACUCAUCGGCUUCCUCGACUCUCACUCUCACUCUGAUCUCGACCACGCCUUCAUCCGCCCCAUCCGCCGUCAAGCUCUCUCCAUGCUCGACUCUGCUCGUCGUUCCCUCAGUCCCGCUUCCGAUAUAAAAGCAUUUGAACGAGCAAAACAAGUUCCAGGUUGCGUUUUUGGUUCGAGAGGAGAUAUUGAGAUUGAGAAGAUUAAGAAGUCAAAGUACUUGCAAGCUCUUCUCCAGCAGUCUAAUGAGGUGGCUGUGAAUGGAUUGGGAGAUAAAUUGGAGAAGGAGGACAAAUUGAAUAGUAAGGCAUCCAAAAAUAUGACUCAAGUUAAUUUGACAUCAAUGUACAGAAACAACACCACUAGGGCAAAUAAUGGCACAUCCAAGAGUUAUUUGGCCUCUGGAAGUAACAAUUCUGAGGAAUGUCUUAUUGUAGAAAGGCCUCUGCCAUUUCACAACCAAAACAAAGGUCAAAGCUCCUUUCCUUUUCAAAGAAUUGAAGAAGACAGAGCUUAUGGAAAUUCAUCGGGGCCAAAACGUUUGCACAUGGAAAUAAAUAGCCCCAAGACGAAGUCCCCCUUAAGCGAUGAAGACGCUAACACUGACAAUUCCGGCAAUGGAUUUGUUACUGCAAAAGCAAAAAUGGAAAUGGAUGCAAGGCAGAGGAGAGGGUUAUCUGGAUCACCAAGUGCUAAUGUCUCCCCACAAAGUGAUAUCAAUGCUGCCAGUAGGGGCUAUAAUGGAAGAUCAUAUGGUGUUCCACGCCGUGGUGUUCGGGGUAAUUUUAUCCCCCCUAUCAGAUCCAAUGGUGGAAACACUGGGAAUGUGACUUCACGAAUUGCUGGAAAGAGUGAUGAUGCAUUAGAGGACUCAACAAAAAGAUGUUUGGAUAUGCUAUGUGGUCCUGAUGGUGAGCUUCCAGAGAAAUUAAGAAAUUUGGAACCUCGACUCAUUGAACAUGUUAGUAAUGAGAUAAUGGACAAGGAUCCUAAUGUUCGAUGGAAUGAUAUCGCCGGCUUGGAGCACGCGAAAAAAUGUGUGACUGAGAUGGUGAUAUGGCCUCUAUUACGUCCUGACAUCUUUAAAGGUUGUCGUUCUCCUGGAAAAGGCCUUCUUCUUUUUGGUCCACCUGGAACGGGCAAAACAAUGAUUGGGAAAGCAAUAGCUGGAGAGGCAAAAGCUACCUUUUUCUACAUAUCUGCUAGUUCACUAACAAGCAAAUGGAUUGGUGAGGGUGAAAAGCUAGUGAGGGCCCUAUUUGGUGUUGCCAGUUGUCGUCAGCCAGCUGUGAUUUUUGUUGAUGAAAUUGAUUCACUCCUCUCUCAGCGGAAGUCAGAAGGUGAACAUGAAUCUAGUAGAAGACUCAAGACACAGUUCCUCAUUGAAAUGGAAGGUUUUGACAGUGGGAAUGAACAAAUUCUACUUAUAGGAGCAACAAAUCGUCCCCAAGAACUUGAUGAAGCAGCACGUAGACGACUUACCAAGAGACUCUAUAUCCCUUUACCUUCAUCAGAAGCAAGAGCUUGGAUUAUACAAAAUCUUCUAGAGAAAGAUGGAUUAUUCAAACUUGCAAAAGAGGAAAUUGAUAAAAUAUGCAAUUUGACUGAAGGGUAUUCAGGAUCAGACAUGAAAAAUUUGGUGAAAGAUGCGUCAAUGGGUCCGUUGAGGGAGGCUCUAAAACAAGGAAUUGAAAUAACAACGCUGAAAAAGGAAGAUAUGCGGCCAGUAACUCUUCAGGACUUUGUGUAUGCAUUGCAAGAGGUUAGGCCCUCUGUUUCCUUGAACGAAUUAGGUACCUAUGAGGAAUGGAAUAGGCAAUUUGGGAGCUUGUCACUCUAGGGAUUUUUUUAUAUAAUGGACAAACAAAAUAGAACAUGAAAAAGACAAGAGAGGCUAAGAAAGGAAGGAAACAGAAAGGGGGCCCAUAACUUGUAAACAGCUGUUUGUAAUAUCAAUUAAUACACACCUCAACUAUUGUAAUAUAAUGUGGUCAAUUUCCCAUUUCAAGUAUCAUAAAGCUUCCGACUCUUUUAAUA